AUGGCCCUACUAGUCUAUGUGGAUGAUAUUGUGGUUGCAAGUGCUGACUUAGAAUCUAUUCAAGGAGUUAAAACACAACUCAAUGAGAGGUUUCAGAUAAAAGACUUGGGACCUAUGAAAUAUUUCCUUGGGUUGGAGGUGGCUAGACACACAAAAGGCAUUGCUGUUUGUCAAAGAAAGUAUGCUCUAGAGUUGCUUGAUGAUACAGGUUUCAUUAAUUCAAAACCUGUUUAUAGUCCAACAGUUCUUUCACAAAAGCUGAGUAAAAAUGAGGGCCAACCUCUUGAGGACAACAUACAAUACAGAAGAAUAGUGGGCAAGCUCCUGUACCUAACUGUCACUAGACCUGACAUUGGGUUUGCUACACAACAAUUAUCUCAAUAUCUGGACAAACCCACUCAUUUACAUCUCCAGGCUGCCCACAGAGUGUUAAGAUACAUAAAAGCUGCCCCUGGCCAAGGGCUCUUCUUUCCAACAGACUCCAACUUGCAAUUGAAAGCUUUUUCUGACUCUGACUGGGGAGCUUGCAUUGACACAAGAAGAUCAGUAACAGGCUUCUGUAUUUUCUUAGGGAAUGCUUUGAUCUCUUGGAAGUCCAAGAAGCAGCCCACAAUCUCAAAGUCAUCCUCAGAGGCUGAGUACAGGGCUUUAGCAGCCACCACUUGUGAGAUACAGUGGCUAUUUUUCUUGCUGACAGAUUUGGGUAUUAAUCACAAUGGAGCUGUGGCUGUAUAUUGUGACAGUAAAUCUGCUAUUGCUAUUGCCGAAAAUCCAGUCUUCCAUGAGAGGACUAAACACAUUGAGCUAGACUGCCACUUGGUAAGGGAGAAAUUAAACAAUGGGAUCAUCAAGUUGCUGCACAUCACUUCAGAGAAUCAGUUGGCUGAUCCUUUUACCAAGUCUCACUGCCCAAAAUCUUUCCAUUCUUAUAUCUCCAAGCUUGGAUUGUUGGACUUGUACAAUCCAGCUUGA